AUGUUCUAUUCCGAGACUCUCCUGUCCAAGACAGGGCCGCUGGCCCGGGUUUGGCUGUCCGCCAACCUGGAACGCAAACUGUCCAAAACACACAUCUUGCAGUCGGAUAUCGAGAGCAGUGUCAAUGCCAUUGUUGACCCGGGCCAAGCGCCCAUGGCUUUGCGAUUGAGUGGUCAAUUAUUGCUGGGUGUGGUUCGUAUCUACAGUCGAAAGGCGCGCUACCUCCUGGACGACUGCAACGAAGCCCUGAUGAAGAUUAAGAUGGCCUUCCGCUUGACCAACAACAACGAUUUGACCACUGCUGCGGUUGUCGCUCCCGGCGGUAUCACCUUGCCCGAUGUGUUGACGGAAUCCGACUUGUUUAUGAAUCUGGACUCUUCUUUGCUCUUACCUCAACCCCUAAACUUGGAGCCUGAGGGCAAGCGACCAGGCGCUUUGGAUUUUGGCAGCCAGCUCCUCCCCGAUAGCAGCUUCCGCCGUUCAGUUUCCCAGGAGCCCGCGCGAUUGGAAGACCACACCCUGGUCGACUUGGAUUUGGGAGAGGAAGAGACAUCCUUGGGACACGACUUUAGUAUGGAAGUUGGCCGAGAUGCGCCCGCCCCUCGUCCGUUCGAAGAGGAUAUGAUUAGCGACGCCGGAAAGUUCAACGAUGAUGUCGACCUGCCUUUGGACCUUGGUGAGGAUGAUGCUCCGUUGGACAAGAUGGAUUUGGGAGACGAAGGCCCGCAGGACAGCACUCUAAAUCUCCAAGAUGAUGCGAUGGACCUCGGUGACGACCACCAUGACGAUGUUGCCCUCGAGAACCAAGAGGAACGCCAGCGCGAAUCGCUUAGCCCUCUUUCGGAGGUUUCGGAGGAUGAAUUGCGUCGGCAAGAUGCCGAAUUCAACCAGGACGAGACCGAGAUCCAGGGCGAGCAGGAAGAGGAUGACUUGACCGUUCAGCAGAACCAGCGCUCCAAGCGUCGCAAGGUCAUGGAUCUUGACUCCGUCACCGAUUUCCAGAAUAGCCAGAUCAAGGAGCAGCAGACCAACCGGUCUGGAAUCCUGAAACCGACAUCGUUCCUGCCUCGCGACCCCGUUUUGCUCACCCUGAUGAACAUGCGAAAGAACGGUGACUUUGUCUCCAAUGUGCUUGGAGGCGGUCGUGGACGCGGCUGGGCACCAGAGCUCCGUGAUUUGCUGUCAUUGGAUGCUGUCAAGAAGUCUGGCGAUUUGAAGCGGAAGCGUGACAGUGGCAUCUCGGAUGUGGAUGUGGAGGCUGCUACUGCUCCUCAGUUGGAUCUGGGUGAAGAAGAUGCCAUUGUUCCAGCGGACGAAGGUGUUGACCUUGACACGACUCUUCAGCGGUCGGAGAUCGAUUUCCCUGGAGAUGAGCAAGGCCCCGAGCUUCACAUGAGCGACGACGAGGGCAUGAACCAGCAACUGGAGGACCUUGACGACACCGUUGUUCCCGCGGUAGACAGUGGCCCGAUCUCCCUUGGCACCAAGCACGCCGUUCACAUUCUCCGGGAUCAACUGGGCGAUUCGACAAGUGAGCAGAAGAAGGCCGUGGAGUUCCAGGAUCUUUGCCCCGAGAACAAGACCACCAAGGCCGAUGCGACUAAGAUGUUCUUCGAAACUCUGGUGUUGGCGACCAAGGACGCGAUCAAGGUUGACCAGGGUACUGAGGCCAUUGGCGGGCCUCUCAAGAUCCGUGGCAAGCGCGCACUUUGGGGCUCUUGGGCCGAGGAGGGUACCAACAGCGAGGCUGCGCAGCCUGCUGAGGUUACUGCUUAA